CGUUUUAAUUCUAGGUGGGAAUGAUGGUUAGAUGCUGCCGAGCGUAUGAAGAAGUGUGUGAAGGCGAUGUUGGCAAAGUCAUUAAGCUGGACAGAGAUGGAUUGCAUGAUCUCAAUGUGCAGUGUGACUGGCAGCAGAAAGGGGGUACCUACUGGGUUAGGUACAUUCAUGUGGAACUUAUAGGCUAUCCUCCACCAAGUUCUUCUCACGUCAAGAUUGGUGAUAAAGUGCGGGUCAAAGCCUCUGUUGCCACACCGAAAUACAAGUGGGGAUCUGUGACUCAUCAGAGUGCGGGGGUUGUGAAAGCUUUCAGUGCCAAUGGAAAAGAUACCAUUGUCGACUCCCCAGCAGACUCACUGGACUGGGUUGCUGUCAGAAAUGGAGUUGGUCCCCAGUAUUCAUCCUGGGGUUACGUGUGAUGGAUGUCAGAUGUUUCCUAUCAAUGGAUCCAGAAUCAAAUGCAGAAACUGUGAGGACUUUGAUUUUUGUGAAACGUGUUUCAAGACCAAAAAACACAAUACCAGGCAUACAUUUGGCAGAACAAAGGAACCAGGUAUGGCAGAAUGUUUAUAUUCUCUCUUCCACCGAAUAUGAAUGAAGUUCUUGCUGUGGAGCACAGUGUAUUGGAAUUUGUUGUUUUAAGGUUCCUGUGUAUUCGGUGAACUCUGUAGAGUGAGUACAGCGAAAUGGAAGUGACAGUCCUACCCACGGAUGACUCGCUGGCUUUUUAAAAAAAAUCAAGAUGGCGUAUCGGGGAAGAAAUAGAAUAACUAGGCUUGUUUGCUUGUAUUUCCAUUAAAAAACAUUAAAAGAAUCUGAAGAAACUAGUCACUGUUUAGUUGCAUGGCAUGUGGAAUUGGUUAGAUGGAGAGUGAGUUUUUAAAUUUAUAUACCUUAUUAUAUUUUUCUUUGUGGCAAAAUAUAUAUAACUUAAAAUUAGCCAUUUAAGCAUUUUUGAAGUUUAUAAUUCGGGGUAUUUAGUACCUUAAGUACAGUGUUGCACAACCAUCACAGCUGUCUAUUACCAAAACUUUUCACCACUCCGAUGAAAAACUCUGUACCCAGUAAGCAAUUUAACUGCCCUACUUCCCCCUCCCUCUCCCCGGUAACCUUGAAUCUGACUUUGGUCUCUAUGAAUAUGACCACUCCAGACACCUCAUCUAGAUGGAACCAUAUAAGAUUUAUCCUUUUGUGUUUAGCCUAAUGUCUUCAAGCUUCAUCCAUAUUGUAGCAUGUGUCAGAACGUUCUCCUUUUUAGUGGCUGAAUAAUAUUCCACUGUAUGUAUAUAUCACUUUUUU